AUGCGCGAAACAAAAAAAGACCCAGAAGCUUUGAAUGAAACUCCAUCACUAGCGGGCGAGGUGCAACCUGAAGCCACUUUGACUGAAGAUGCUGUCUUCGGAGUAGUCUCAGAGGAUGGACCUAACUAUCGCAAUUUGGGAUGGAUUGGAACUUCUAUUCUUAUGAUGAAAUCACAAAUUGGAUUGGGUGUAUUAUCAAUUCCGUCCGCAUUUAAUGCAUUAGGCAUUGUUCCUGGGCUAAUCUGCAUGAUAACCAUUGCUGUAACUAUGAGUUGGUCUGGCUAUAUGGUUGGUGUCUUCAAGCUCAAUCAUCGUGAGGUAUAUGGCAUAGACGAUGCGACAGGGCUAAUUUGCGGUCCAAUUGGCCGGGAGAUACUCGCAGUUGGAUUUUCUCUCUUCUUGGUAUUCUGCGGCGCUUCCGGUAUUCUCGGCCUCUCUAUCGCCUUAAAUGCAGUAUCUAGCCAUGGAACAUGUACUGCCGUUUUUGUGGCAGUCGCAGCUAUUAUAGUUGCUGCCCUCGCAAGCAUUCGAGCUCUCGACCGUAUUGGCAUUCUUGCAUGGGUUGGAUUGAUAUGUAUACUUGCUUCUAUCUUCAUUGUCACUAUUGCCGUGGGAGUUCAAGACCGCCCUGACGCUGCACCCCCCGGGCCAUGGACUUCUGAUUUUAGAUUUGUGAAUUCUCCGAGCUUCGCGGAUGGUAUCUCAGCUAUCUCACAAUUGGUAUUUGCAUACGCUGGUACACCUUUCUUUUUUCCAAUUGUAUCUGAGAUGCAGGAUCCGCGAGACUACGCUAAAUCAUUAACGGUCUGCCAAGCUGUUGUAACCGUCACUUACAUUACGAUUGGGAUCGUGGUAUAUUACUUCUGUGGAUCUUAUGUCUCUUCGCCUGCCCUUGGCUCAGCUGGAAAGUUGAUCAAGCAGAUUGCUUACGGAAUAUCUCUUCCCGGGUUAUUCGUUACCUCAACUAUAAGCACCCAUAUGGCAAGCAAGUACUUCUUUGUGCGAUUCAUGCGCGGAUCAAGGCACCUAGCCGCAAACACAUUUAUCCAUUGGAUUACCUGGUUAUCUUGUGUCGUCACCAUUAUUGUCAUCGCAUAUGUUAUUGCGAGCGGAAUUCCUGUUUUUGAUAGUCUCAUUUCUCUUGUUGGGGCUUUUUUAGGAACGUUACAGUGUUUCCAGCCAGCUGGCCUGAUGUGGCUGUACGAUAACUGGAGCAAGGGCAAAGAAAGACGCUCCAUCAGGUGGACUUUGAUGUGUUGCUUCAGCGUAUCGAUGGUAAUUGUUGGUACGUUCUUGAUGGUUGCCGGCACUUAUGGUGCAGUUGUUGGAAUUAUCGACUCCUUGGAAGGCGGAACUUCAAGUCCCUGGUCUUGCACUGAUAAUUCUUGACCUCGGUUUGACAUAUCUCACCUACCUAUAUGCACCGUCGCUAGCCCGAAUGGGGGUCAGAGAUGAGAUGGAUAUCAAU